GCAGCCAGUCUGUUCAGUCAGACCAGAGACCGAGAUCCAGACCAGAGACCGAGAUCCAGACCAGAGACCGAGAUCCAGACCAGAGACCGAGAUCCAGACCAGAGACCGAGAUCCAGACCAAAACCAGAGAUAAGGAAGAGUCUGGACCUCAAGACUCAAGAUCAGGGAUAUUCCAAGACCAAAGACCAAAGAAAAUCCGGACUAAGAUUGGAGAUCUAAGACUGGUUCAUGAUCUGGGCAGGUCUAAAGAAGAACUUCUAAAUUAAAAUAAGUUCAGAUCCUUCUGGAGUGAAUCUAAAAUGGACCAGAUGUUGUGGAGCGUGAGGAAAGCUGCUGCUCUGGGGCUCGUCUGGAUUCUGCUCAUUCAACAGAUCAGUGCUGGUCCAGUGGGAGGCUCUGAGUCCUUGGUCCCAUCUCAGACCCAGACUCUGAAGACCCUCCGGAGGUCAGCGCGGAUGACCCCUCUGUGGAGGAUUAUGAACAGCAAACCGUUCGGAGCGUACUGCCAAAACAACUACGAGUGCUCCACUGGCCUCUGCAGGGAUGGAUUCUGCGCCACGAUGCAUCGCACUGCAAAGUUUUCCGUCACCAACUGAACCAAAUCCGGACUAGAUCCAGGUUCGGGACCAGGAUUUGGACUUUUUCAAACAGGAUUCGUAACCAAAGUUUCUGAUUUAGUUAGUGUCGAGCUAACUGCUGUGAGUUUUGUUACCUGCUCAGACAAUUUAAAGAGGCACUAUGUAACCUGCUUGUCUCCAUGUGGGAAUGUUCCGCAGUAUGGCAUUAAACGUGUCUAUUUAUUCGUUCAGACAUUGUUUUAUGGCCAGAAAAUACUCGGUUUUGUGGAAAUAUCGGCUUAUUUUAAUGGAGUUUUAUACGUUUUAUGGAAUUCUGUGUAACCCUCAAGUCAAACCAAUAACAUCUCCAUGGAGACGGGCAGAAAAGUUACACGGUGCACUUUUAAUAUGCAGAUUGUGUGUCGCAUUUGGAGAAAUAUAGUCAGAUUAACUUAAAUAUCUUCACCUUUUUGAAUUUCUUGUAUUUUGACCAGAAAAGUCAGGGAUUUAAAAACAAGUCAUGGUUUUCACUUUUCAUACUUGAUUACAUGUUUUAUUUUUUUAUGUUUUACAUUUUACUUUAAAGCUAAAAAGAAGUUCUGAUUCAGGACAAUAUUUUGAGUUCUCAGAAAAACUACAGAACCUUGAACUUAAGCCGGGACUCUCCCAUAUCUGUUUGUUGAAAAAAAACAAAAUCUAUUUACACUUUAUCACAAAGAGAUGACCUCAACAAACAGAGUGAGAAUGCACCGUGUCCCGGUUUAGUCCUGGUUUAGUCCUGGGUUAGUCCUGGUUUAGUCCUGGUUUAGUCCUGGUUUAGUCCUGGUUUAGUCCUGGGUUAGUCCUGGGCUGCAUUCACGCUGCACGUCAGAUCAGAAUUGGGACUAAACCUGAACUAAACAAGAGUUAGACCGGGGACUAAGUCAGAACUACACCAGGACUAAACCAGGACUACAAUGGGACUAAAGCAGGACUAAACCAGGACUAAACCAGGACUAUAAUGGGACUAAAGCAGGACUAAACCAGGACUAAACCAGGACUACAACAAAACUAAACCAAGACUACAACAGGACUAAACCAGGACCAAACAUGGACUAAACCAAGACUAAACCAGAACUUAAACAGAGACUUGAACCGGGAACCAGGGCUAAAACAGGUCUAAACCAGGACUAAACCAGGACUAAACCAGGACUAAACCAGGUCUAAACCAGGACUAAACCAGGACUAAACCAGGUCUAAACCAGGACUAAACCAGGACUAAACCAGGACUAAACCAGGACUAAACCAGGACUAAACCAGGUCUAAACCAGAUGACAUUCUUGUAGAAAUGACAUGUUCUCUUUUGUUUACCUUAUACCAGUUUGAAUUCUUUGACUUCCAUUUUCUUUUUGUCAUAUUUCGUAGUUUUUUGUGUCGAUCGGCCAAAGUUUUUCCAAUGAGUUUAAUAAAACCUGCUCAGACCUUCACAUUUCAACAACUUUUAAGUCACGUUAUAAAUAUGUGUCAAUGCUUAAACCAGAUUUUAUUUUGCACAUAAGACUUUGAAUCAUUUCGGUACAUUUUCUGGUGAAUCGUUGCAGGUUUCUCUGGGUAGGAUUGCACUUUUGAAACUUUAAAUUAUCCUUGUACUGUGACCGGAUGUACUGUACGACGGCUGUAAAGAGAAACGUGGAAAGAAAGAAUAAAUAAAAAUAAA